GUGGGGAUCCGGUUAAAAUGGCGGACCCAGGAAUUUUUUUUAAUCACAUCCCUUGACCCUUGACCCUCAGAAAGUAGUGUGCAUCUUGAUGUAAACAAACAGACAUAUAUAUAUAUAUAUGUUUUUGAGCUCAAUGAGUUUGUUGAAUUUUGAGCAGAUCCGGACAAAAAUCAGGAUAUGGUGGAAGAAAAUGUUUGGCUUUGGCUGAGGUAUGCGUUCUACCGAGUGCGAUUCUAGUGGAUGCUGUUUUCCAUCCAUCCUGUGGAGGGCAGUGGAGGGCAAUACACAAAGAAGUGUGAACACUAGUAGAAGAAGAAGUAGAAGAAGAAGAAGAAGAAGUGGUAGUAGUAGAAGAAGAAGAAGAGAUAGAAACCAAUGGAACUGACUGUCACUUUAUUGGUGUUCUGUGGCUGUCAGCGAACUAAAAGCUAAUUUAAUCACAAAUAUUAACGUGUAUGUGUCCCGUUAGUAGUGGACAAUGUCUACCCGGGCUCUGCGAAGGCUCCGAGGGAAGCAGCGGGGCCAGGAGGCCUUGGACCUCGGGAAUCUAACUUUGGAUGACAGCCCGGUGGAGCAGGCUGAGGGUGAGGAGGAGCAGCUGGACGUGGCUAAUGUUUCUCACCCACCAGCAGACAGGAAAGAGAGCAGCCGAAAGGCAAAGAAAAACAAAGCUCAGAAAAACUUCAGCAACAUUUAUGAACUGAUAUGUGAUGUUGACAAUGAGGCAGAGAAAAUCUCACCUGAUGAAGAGGCAGAGAAACCAGAUGGAAAUAAAACAAGUGGCACAGAAAAGAAUGACAACAGAGAUUUUGACAAACCAGACCAAAAGCAGCAGGACACUUCUACGAAGUCUUCAUCUGGAGACGGAGCUAAAAAGAAGAAGAAAAAGAAGAAGACAAAAGUAACAUCAGUGGAUGGACCGGCUGCACCAGAUGAUAACAUUGAUAUACUGCUGGAGAAUUUGGAGCAGCCAAAUGGUCUGAGUUUGCAAAAUGAAGAUUGUGGAGGCGCCGACAGACGAUCUGUUCUACAUGUGGAGCACAGGAAUCUCAACCCAGAGACGGAGUUGAAGAGAUACUUUGGGGCUCGAGCUGUUCUUGGGGAUCAAAGACCCCGACAGAGAAAUAGACAGUUUCACCGUAGCACCUGGAUGACCUAUCCCAAAGACAGCUGGCCUCGCUUCAGCCGCCCAGGUAGCCUUUUCCUUACAUGUGAUUUUAUACUAUGCUUUGUUGCAUUAUCCACAUCACUCUUCAUACAGUUAAACUGUAUGUCUUUGUCCAUCCCUGUCAAUUUGACCAUUGUCUCUUUUUUUCUCCAGGCCUUGCUACAACUUAACCCUUACCACAUCGACUCCUUGCUGCAGCUUUCUGAUGUGUGCCGCAUACAGGAGGAUCAGGAGAUGGCCAGGGAUCUCAUCGAAAGGGCCUUGUACAGCUUUGAGUGCGCCUUUCACCCUCUAUUCAGCCUGACCUCAGGUACCAGCAGACUUGAUUAUCUGAGACCAGAAAACAGGGCUUUUUAUCUUGCUCUUUAUAAGCACAUGAUGUUCCUGGAGAAGAGAGGAUGUCCACGGACGGCUUUGGAGUACUGCAAACUCAUCCUGAGUUUGGACCCAGAUGCUGACCCACUUUGCAUGCUCCUCCUCAUUGAUUUCCUGAUGCUGCGUACCAGAGAGUACCAGUCUCUCCUUCAGUUAUAUCAGGACUGGGAGGAGCACAGAAAUCUGUCCCAGCUGCCAAACUUUGCGUUUUCCACUGCGCUUUGUCAUUUCCAUCUCAGUCAGCAGGAAGACAUGGAUCCUGAAGAAAGUGACAAACAAAGACACAAAGCUGACCAGAUGCUGCAGGAUGCUCUCAUCAUGUUCCCUGGAGUCUUGAUGCCUCUACUGGAUCUGUGCACUGUGCAGCCAGAUGCUACUGUCACCUCACAUGCCUUCUUUGGCCCCAAGAGUCAGAUAGGGCAGCCCCCAGCUCUGGCUGAACUGACAGCUCUGUAUGUGGGGAGGACUUACAAUGUGUGGAGGGAGGCACCAGUAAUGCUUUGGUUGGAAGAGUCUGUGAAAGAAGUGCUGCGUCGAGUUGAUGCCAAAGACCCUUUAGUGGAGGAUUGCCAAAACAAGAGAAAGCAGAGGUACCAGAGUGCACCGAGGAACAUCCAUCGCCACGUCCUCCUCUCUGAGAUCAAGGAGGCCACCUCAAGUUUGCCUCUAGAGGUGACCACUCAGCCUGUGAUGGGCUUUGACCCUCUACCUCCACUGGACUCAGUUAUAUCGUAUACCCGACCAGAGAGGCAGCAUGUUGGUGCAUCCAAUGAGAGUACAUUGUCGCUGUUUUUCCGGUCGUUGCUGCCAAAUUUCAACCUUCAGGGUGGACCGAGGCAGGAGGAUGAUAUGGAAGUGGCGCGAGCCGGUCAGGAGCUGAACCAGGAAGUGAAUCGUCUUAUGGUGGCAAUGAGGGACAUGCUGGCAAACAUCAGGUUUCAAGAGCCACCAAGAGAGGACAACCCCUACAGAGAUGAGGAGGAAUGGGACUGAGAGGAGAGAGACAGGGUGAAUAACAAGUGUUGAGGAGGAUGAAGAGGAACCAAGAAGACAAAGAAACUUUCAAAAAUGAAUGUCGUUAAGAAAAAUGAAAAUAUUUAAUGGAGGUUAAUAAGAAAUGGAGAAGGACAAAUAUUUUUAAUUGUUACAUUUUCAGAUUACAAACGUGAAAGAAACAGAGGACUUGAUGUCUGGAGCCUGUCCACUUCUCUGCCUUAGUGGCAUUGAUGAAACAAAAAGGAAAAUUACUCAGGGGCAAUUCAGUGAGAGCUUGGGGAACCUUUUUGUCAGAGGCAGAAAACAGAUUGGUUAGUUGAACCUGUCAUGUCACUAAAGUUGACAGUGUUAUUUACAAUAAUUAAACAAUUCCAUCAUCUCCAGUCGUUGUUAGUUGAGUAGCACCUACACUUAAUCGGUGCUACUCUUCUUCGUAUAGUUUCUGGCUUCCAAAGAGUUUUUCAUGCUCAUAAAAGUUUUUGUUCUUAUGCUGAGUGGACGAUCUGUUUCACAAAUUCCAAAUUUUGCCUUGCAGCACUUAAACAGGUUUUUUUUUGGUUUUUUUUUAUAGCCACAGAAUCAGAAAGAAAGUCAUUCUUCUCAUUGACUAAAGAGACACGCUCCUGUGUUAAGAUACUUCAUUGGGAAAUCUUUUUUGCUGCAGGAAUGGAAUUUCAAGGCUAAUUGAUAAUAACGAACACCUUUGUUGCUCUAUUUGAAUAUGGAAACAUUUCAAACAAACAAGCAUUUUUGAGGGGAUCCUGUGACCAUAAUCAUCUUGUACAGACUUUACUCUGAUGUAAAAAACAUAUACAUAUAUGUAUAUAUCGGUAAAGUUUUAGAAUGCCUCAAUUUUUCCAGUUGUUGCUGUUGAAAUUUAUAUAGUGCAAUGUCUUUGUUUCUGAAUUGACUCAUUCAGCAGCAGAACACCCUAGUGUCAUUCUUUCUACAAUGGAGAUGAAACAUUGUUUAGAAAGUUCAUCCCAACAGAAAUUCCCACGAAUGUGUUGCACUUGUAUUUCGCUUUGCUUUCACCUUCUGUCCAGUUCAUCCCAAACCAGCUCCAUGAGGUUUAAGUCUGGAGACUGUGCUGCUCUUGCAUUAUGUGAAGCCUCCAACUUCUUCUUUUCUUGUAUAUUGCUAUCACCAUUCUGACAGCAGUAUACAGAACUGCUUCCUGCAGUACAGUAUUGUCCAGAUAAUACAUCAGAGGGAGUAGCGACACAAUUUGCUCCAACACUAUCUUUGUUUUGACGGUUUGUAAGUCAUCAACACAAGUUGAGGCACCUGUAGGAAUUGUUUGCAUUAACUUUCAAGGCUUCAUUUAGUUCCACUGCUGCAGCAAAGUUGUUAAUUAACCAACUUCUUAAUCCCUGAAAAACCAGUAUUCUAUGAAAUUUACAUGAUUUUUCAAUUUUUGGUGAACUAAACUCCUUUUUACCUUGGGUGGCUCACCACUUACCAUGAUGCCAUUCAUUCACAGGACUUAAACUGCAGAAAUUUCAAGAAAAACUAGAAAAUUGGGGGUGCUCUAAAACUUUUGCCCGGUAGUGUACUGUAUAUGUCAGGUGAAGAAAAAUUAAGUUAAGAAAUCAAUGUAUGUGAAACUCUGUAUUCACUCCCCAGACCUCUGUGACUUCUUACUAAAUAAUUGUCUAGUGAAGUUCCAAAAUAUGGCAUGGGACUCCAAAACAGGCGAAAACAAACAUUAGGUUAAACAGGCGAUGAAACACAUUAAUUAUUUGACUACUAUUUAUUAUAUUUUAGAAAAGUUAAUACAAGUUCAGUCAUUCCUGACAGGGCAAAUAAUUACAAACAAAUCUGAGUGAGAUUCUGUUGGGACUGAUAACCUGCUUCUCCUGUGACUCGUGGAAGCUCAGUUGACAUGUUAUUCUGAAGCCUUCAUGAUUAAUUCAGAUUUCAUUUUCAGUAUACAUGAUUUUGAAUUUUAGCCUUGUCUGCUGCUAAUUUGAGCAUUUACUGAAUCCAGACUAUGACAAUGCUGGGAAUCUGUUCUUUGGUCUUAAUUAAAAAGAAAUACUUUGAUUCAUCGGCUACUUUUAUGACAUUUGUCACAUAACCUUUUUGCAUUUCAUUUUCUUGGGCAUCCAGUCUGUUUUUUUAUUCCUGUAUGAUAUUAAUAAUAAUGAUAAUGAUAAUGACGUUUUUUUAUAUAGCACUUAUCAGAAUUGGGGACUACAAAGUGCUUUGCAACAAUCAAACAAAACAAACAAACAUGCAGACACAUUCCUUAAAAUUGAGGGAAUAAGGUAAAGAAAAUACAUUUUCAGAAUACAAUACAGAAUACAACAAUGCAAAUAAAAACAUAAAUAAACCAUAUCAUUGCUGCAGGA